CUCCCUAGUUCGGACAUCCAAGGAUGUUAUCACGCCUCACAACAUCAUCAAGGCUGUCUACACUGUCCUUAGGAUAGAGAGUUCGGGUCUAAUUGGUGAUUCGAGAGUCACGGUCGGCAAAUCUAUCUGGGUCGAACACCAAACCACACUGUCAAAAGGUCUAAUCCUCCUUGUAAGCAUCGCACCAAUUUACACCGUUGGACAGAAAGCUUAAGCCCAGGAGGCAACGCCAUGUGCUGUGAGGAUGGCUUUGGAAUCAGUACUUGACAGCACAUGCUGCCGAGAAUUCGCAGUAGCGAUAAUCCAGGCAGUAAAGAUGCCCUUGCCUUUUCUUUAUCUAAUGGGGGGCAAUAAGUUCAAUCGGAGAGUUAUUUCAUCUGAUGUAGUUAACAAUAAAUACAGUAGAUUGCUGCUUGCUUGAAAGGCACCCUAAGCGAACAAAACCAUAGUAACGCAUCAACAAUAGCAGUUCAGCUUCCCUCAAGCCCGCUACUACUCUGUGUGAGCAGCUGAGUCCUCCCACUCAAAGAAGACAACAUUCCACCUGUAUCUAAAAGCCCCUUCAAGAUUUGUCAACAGCCAAAACAUUUCUUUCUUGAACCUUCUGAGUGACGUGGGAUACUUCG